GCGAGUGGUUGGUGCAGACGGAGAAGAGAGAGGAGAGGAGCAGUUUCCAUCCCGCUCUGGGCGCAACCUCAUCCAUCAAUCCAUGGGAGCAGAGACAUUACCCUUUCCUCUAUAGUGGAGAUCAGUCUGAGUCCAUCUCCUGUGCGUAAAACACCGAGGACAGCCUGGAGUCAAGAAGUGCGCCAGGACGGAUCCAGAGAACACGGGUCUAUACCGACGGCAGAGGAAGUUUCUGCUCUGCCUGAUUGUUAUCGCCAGAGUGAUUUAGUCAUUUGGUUUGCUUGACUUUUGAUCUCCGUGGUUGGAGAGGAGAUGGGACACCGCCAGACCUGAGGACAUUUCUGGAUUGUGAGUGUACGGUUAGGCUACCGUGGACCGGAGAGAGAGAUGAAGUUCGGUAAGAAGAGCGUCUGUGUAUUGAACGUGGGGGGUACCCGGUACGCAUUCCCUGGCGAGGUGAUCCGUGAUUUCCCACUUCAGCGCGUGAGCCGCCUGCACGCCUGUGUCACGGAGAAGGAAGUCCUCGAGGUCUGCGACGACUACGACCAGGAUAGCAAUGAAUUCUUCUUCGACCGGCACGCGCAAGCCUUUGUCUUCAUUAUGCUCUACUUGCGCUCCGGAAAGCUCCGAUUCGUCCCGGGAGUGUGCGCGCUCUCCUUUUACAGCGAAAUGCUGUACUGGGGGCUUGGGAGCGCGCAUCUGGAGUUCUGUUGCCAGCGGAGACUAGACGACACCGGUUACUCCGAAGAGGACCUGAUUAUGCGCGCGGAGGACAACGAGUCCCGGAGCGAGGUGGAGGUGGAGAAAGGAUCAGGGUGGCUAGAGUGGAUGCGUCGGACCUUCGAGGAACCGGGGUCAUCGGUGGCGGCUCAACUCCUCGCUUUGCUGUCCGUCAUCUUCGUCAUCGUCUCCAUGGUGAUGCUAUGUAUGAGCACGCUGCCAGAUUGGAACACGGCAAAACACAACACAGUGGAAGAGCACAGGAUUGUGGAGGCGGUGUGUAUCGGUUGGUUCACAGCAGAGUGUGUGGUGCGUUUCCUCGUGGCUAAGGACAAGCUGGUCUUCCUGUGUCGGCCGCUGAACCUGAUUGACGUGGCGGCCAUCACACCUUACUACGUUUCCAUGGUGAUGCCAGGCGGAGCAGGGGGAUUGUCAGGCGUCGCCGGGGUAACCCUGAGGGUUCUGAGGAUGAUGCGUGUGUUCUGGCUGGUGAAGCUGGCCAGACACUUCCUGGGACUGCAGACUCUGGGGAUGACGCUACGCCGCUGUCGUCACGAGAUGGCCACCCUCGCCAUUUUCCUUACCGUUGCCACGGCAAUAUACAGCGCAUUGGCUCAGCUGCUGGAGCAUGGCCUCGACCCUGACCACCGUAACCUUGACGACCGCAGUAACAGAGGAGGAGACUAUGCCAGCAUCCCAGCUGCCGCAUGGUGGGCUGUCAUCUCCAUGACGACCGUUGGUUACGGUGACGUUUACCCGGUAACGGUUGGUGGGCGCAUGCUGGGCGGGCUGUGUGUGGUCAGUGGCAUCGUUCUUCUGGCAUUGCCAAUCACCUUCAUCUACCACAGCUUUGUUCAGUGUUACAACGAACUGAAGCUCCGCUCCGCUAGGUACACACACACACACACACACUGAAUAUACAGACAGACAGACAGACAGACAGACAGACAGACAGACAGACAGACAGACAGACAGACAGACAGACAGACAGACAGACACAUACCCUCUCAUAUUCUACAGCUUUGCCCAGCUGCCUAGUUGAACUGACCCCUUCGGCCCCUCCCCCUGAACAUGGAACUUUAAUGAACUAAUAGACUUUUGGACGUCCCUCGUGUCUCCACCAAUCCUGUGCCGCCAUCUGGAAGCAGGGCAGAUGACAGAAGACACACAAAGACCAUAAGUCCAUGUUUGCAUCAUAUCUCCAUGGAAACUACUUUCGCAAAGACAGCUUUUCCCAUUUGUGUAGGUUUCAGUCUGAAAUAAAAAAAGAGAGAGACAAAGAGAGGAUGAGAUGGCCUGACAAAGAUGAAAGAAACAGACAAAGACAGUCGGCAUGAGCUCAGCAUAAAAGAUCAACAGAGACUGUGUGCGUGUUUGUGUGUGUGAAUGCAUGUGUGAAUUUCUAUUGAUUUUCUCUUAGCAAACUACAAAGUGACAAAUUAUGUGUUUCUGGUCUCUAUGGGCAACAGGUUCCUCACCUAGUUCAGUUACUAUAUGACUGUCAAUCAUAGCUGUGACGCUACUGCUCACACGCACACACACACACACACACACACACAUACACACACACACACGCACACACACACACACACACACACACAGCAGGCUGUUCAGACCAUAAACUGUAGCUACAGAAUUGUUAACGGGAUAUGUGAUGCUCCCUACCCGUUACAGAUUGGCUAAUGGAAAGCCUCACAAAUAAUUUUUCAACUAACCUGUUCUUGGAGAUACUAUAAGGAAGAUACUUUUUUUGUUCUCGAUUCAGUAAAAAAUGUAUCUUAGAAAUGUCCGUGCCCAGUUUCAAGUGGUUCUCCAAAAAACAGAGAAUAUUCAGAAAGAAAGUAAAUCCAGUUUUUGUAUCGAGUGAGAAAUGCCUCUUGCAUCUUUGUUUUGGUCGCAAUGUGUGAUUUGCUGAUGUACUUUAAAAAAAAGUAUGAUUGGCUGCCUGUGCCUGUGAGUCGCUGUGAUUCUGAGAGGAGAAAUAUGUGAACCAAACACACACACACUCCCUCUCAUCCCCCUGUUUAUCCCUCUCUCGCUUCCUCUCAUCCGUCUCCAUGCUUCCUCCCGCCGCCCCACCCCUCAAUCCUUAUGUAGCUGCACUGUUAUCAGUGCUUUAUGAUUGCAAUUACAAAUGCUUAUAAGUUGAACACUCAUUAAAUCAUCCAACUUUAUUGGCAAGCAAUUUACAAUUGAAGAACAUUCUUUGUUUUUGAUAGGAAGCAUAUCUAGGUGCACUUAUUUAUAUCCCAAUGUUUAAUUGAC